AAAAUAAAUGGGAAUUAAAGAUUGAAGAAAAAUUGCCUUAAAUCUGUGGAUAAUGAAGUGAAUAAAGAUGGGUAUCUUUUUUCUCAGCCUUUUUUAAUCUCAACUUUUCUCUCUUUCUUUCUUUUUGCCAUUUUCAGUGGAGAAGUUGCAGAGAUUUUGAGUUUCUCUCUUUUUAUAUUGUGAAGCAGGGAAUUCAUUAAAAGAAAAAACCCAUAAAUUCCAUAGAUAGAUCAUAUUCAGAAUUUCUUUCUCAUAAAUUCUGGUAUUUUAACUAUAAUUAUAUCACCUUUACUUUCCCUUUAGUUGAUUUGCAGUGGUGAAGAUGAUCAUAAAGCACGUGCACACUCGUAGUAACAUCAAACCAGGAUCCACUUGAUCAUCCCAAUAUCAUCGUUUAAUUAGUUCCCGUUGCAGCUAUAAUUUAUCAGACUAGCAAGUUCUUAAAUGGGUUGAUUCAAAGUUUGAUGAUUGAUUGUGAAGAAUAAGUGAAGUGAAAGCACAGAAAAUAACAGCAAACACAACAGAAACUGCAUCCGAUGGCGACGUACUUUCAUGGGAACCCUGAAAUCCAAGCACCUGAUGGUCUUCAAACCCUCGUACUCAUGAACCCUGCUUAUGUUCAGUACUCCGACACCACUCCGCCGCCGCCGCCAAACAACCUCGUUUUUCACGCUCCACCACCUCCCCACACUCAACAAUUUGUCGGUGUCCCACUCACGGCUACUUCCACCGCCAACCAAGACCCUCCUUCCCACGAAAUCUCCCCCUUGCAUGGCCUCGUUCAACGCGUCCAUUACAACUUGUACAACCCUAUUGACCCUUCUGGAGCAGCGCGUGAAACUCCACGCGCUCAGCAAGGACUCUCUUUGAGCCUUUCUUCCCAACAACAACAACAUCAUCAUGGUUACGGAUCACAUGCACAAGCGGUUUCAGGUGAGGACAUGAGGGUUUCCGGUGGGUCGGGUUCGUCGGGUUCAGGUGUGACUAAUGGAGUUUCGGGUGUACAAAGUAUGCUGUUUAGCUCUAAAUUCUUGAAGGCUGCUCAAGAGCUUCUCGAUGAGGUUGUUAAUGUUAACAAUACCGGGAUUACCAGGAACGAAUUGGCUAAAAAGGGUAGCGGAGGAGGAGACAAUAGCAAUAUCGGUAAGGCUGUAGGAGAAUCCGCGGCGGCAGCCGGAGAUGCAGAUGGGAAGCAAGGACCCGAACUGACUACGGCGGAGAGACAGGAAAUUCAGAUGAAGAAGGCAAAGCUAAUUAGCAUGCUUGAUGAGGUGGAUCAAAGGUACAGGCAAUACCAUCACCAGAUGCAGAUAGUGAUAUCAUCAUUUGAACAAGCAGCUGGAAUCGGCUCUGCUAAAACAUACACAUCUCUUGCCUUAAAAACCAUCUCAAAGCAGUUUCGAUGUUUGAAAGAUGCAAUAACAGGUCAAAUCCGGGCAGCCAACAAAAGCUUGGGUGAAGAAGAUUGUCUAGGAGGUAGCAAAAUAGAAGGGUCAAGGCUUAAGUUGGUGGAUCAUCAUCUUCGACAGCAGCGAGCACUUCAACAGUUAGGAAUGAUCCAACACAAUGCUUGGAGACCCCAAAGAGGAUUACCUGAAAGAUCAGUCUCAGUUCUUCGUGCUUGGCUCUUUGAACACUUUCUUCAUCCGUACCCUAAAGAUUCAGACAAGGUCAUGCUUGCUAAACAAACGGGGCUUACUAGGAGUCAGGUGUCUAAUUGGUUCAUAAAUGCUCGAGUUCGGCUUUGGAAACCAAUGGUGGAAGAGAUGUAUUUGGAAGAAAUCAAGGAACAAGAACAGAAUGGUUCAGAGGAGAAAACAAGUAAAAGCCAUAACAAUGAAGAUUCAACAUCCAAAUCCACUGCACCAGACAAAACUAGCACAGACAACAAACAGGACAGUAAUAUCCCAAAUCAGAACGGUUGUUCCUCAAUGUCGGCUUCAAUGGCUUCAGCGUCUCCCCUUAUCGGUAACCAGUCAGGAUUUUCCUUCAUUGGAUCAUCUGAAUUGGAAGGGAUCACACAAGGAAGUCCAAAGAAACCGAGAACCAAUAAUGAAGUUACAAUGAAGUUUGACAAAGAUGGGUACACAUUCAUGGGAGGAACAACUAAUAAUGAUUUCAUGGGUGGCUUUGGACAAUACCCCAUUGGAGAAAUAACAAGGUUUGAUACAGAACAGUUCACUCCAAGGUUUUCAGGCAAUGGUGUUUCACUCACUUUGGGACUUCCCCAUUGUGAAAACCUGUCUUUAUCAGGCACCCCUCAUCAAACUUUUCUCCCUAACCAAGCCAUGCAAAUGGGGAGAAGGGUCGACAUUGGUGAACCCAAUGAGUUUGGGUCUAUAAACCCUUCCACACCACACUCUUCAGCUGCAUAUGACAACAUCAACAUUCAGAACAGGAAAAGGUUUGCAGCACAAUUGUUACCCGACUUUGUUGCCUGAUUAAACUUACAGGGGCAGCUUCACAUUUUCCAGGAAAAUGAAUGGUAGUGUAAAGAAAAAAGAAGAAAGCGAAUUUCAGCCUAGUAUAGGUUUUUAUACUUUGGGCCAAGUACAAUUUGAGUCCUUUAGACAGUUUAGGAUUCUCAGCAUAUAUUUGAGGAUUGUAUAUUAAUUUUGUAAUGGGAGAUUGGGAUAGAUGGAUUGAUAUCAUAAAAUUAGUUACUUGGGGUAUACUUGGUAUAAUCAAAUUCUAGUCCAUUCGGGGUAUGAAUUUAUUAGCAAAUUUAUAAAUUUAGUUCUUUUUCUGAUGUUUAAUCAGUUGAUAAGAACAUAAAUAAGAUGGUGUCACAAUUUUAUUGCUGCUUC